CUGAUCGAUGAUUGCGUUUUGCUUAUAGGAAACAUAAAAAAAGCUGAAACAAAGCGUGUUGUUUGUUGUUAUUUGCUCGAAUGGUGGGAGGCACACCAUUUCGCCGCCCCAUUGAAUAGUCGUGGGUUAAGCGUUAAGCGCACCGGUUGUGCGUCGGUCGGUCGAUUGCCAAGCAUUUCAUUAUGUCAAGGCAGCAUAAUAAUAGUUAUAGUAAUAACAAUGAUAAUAAUAACAAUGAAGAGCAAAACAAGGAUGUCAGGCUAUUCUUGCUGCCUCCCAGUGUAACCACUCCCAUUCCACUCGGUGCCCCUUCUGCAGCUGCUCAACAACAUUUCAUUGAUGAUUUGACAAUGAAAAAGAAGGAACAGAAACAACGACGUUUAUGGCGUGUGCCCUGGUUCAUUUUGUUGAUAUGUUUUGUGCAGAUUGCCCUCCAUUUUGUAGCCAAUGCUUGCCUGCAAAAACUUUUAAUUUAUCAACCUGAAUCGGAAUAUUGGCGUUAUUUUACCUAUAUGCUGCUCCAUGCCGAUACUUGUCAUUUGUCUUUGAAUAUAUGUUUGCAGUUGUUCGUUGGCUGUUGUCUGGAAUUGGAGCAAGGUCAUUGUCGUUUGUCUUUGAUCUAUCUGCUGGGUGGCUUGUGCGGUUCAUUGGCCCACAGUUGGUUGCAGCCAGAACUGUUGCUCUUGGGUGGCUCGGCGGGUGUCUAUGCCAUGAUGUCUAGUCAUAUACCACACCUGGUUUUGAAUUUCCAUCAUCUAUCGUAUCGCUAUGCUCGUAUACUCUCCCUAAUGAUACUCUUUUCCACUGAUAUGGGCUUGACCAUAUAUCAUUUUCAUUAUCAUCUUAAUCGAAAUCCACGCAUCAGUCUGGAGGCUCAUUUAGGCGGUGGAAUUUCGGGUCUGUUAGGUGGUUUUGUCAUCUAUCGCAGAGUUGCCAGUUUGAAAACAUAUUUCUAAACAAUUUUCUAUGGUCUCAAAUUUACUUUUAGAAUGCCAAUAAUAAAAACAAAACAUUAAAAAAUUUCAUUUGUUUUCAAUUU